UUCGAAUAUUGACGCGAAGCAUCGAAGCAGUCUCGCUGUCUCUCUCGCUCUCCACGGGGUUUCGGUCUCCGGCGGGUGAAAAGAAAGGCCACGGCGGGUUUGGUCGGCUGAUUUGGUGAAAGCCAUGGCGGAGACCUCGAAGGACGAGCUCGUUCAGCUGAUCAGGAAGUUCGGGGCUUAUCUCACUGUCAAGUUCUCCAACAUCUUCUCGAUCUCGCUCAACAAUAUGAAUUCGCGCUCGCUUGGGGCAAUUGCUGGGUUUGCUGUUGCCGUAGUUUUUACAUGGAGGUUAUUGAGGACACCUAGAGGUCCUCAAAGACGGAUACAAAAAAGACAAGCUGCUUCAUCUUCCAGUUCGGGUCUACCUUCUCAGACAAAUACCACCUCAACAUCUUCUGGAGUUUGUUCAACUUCAGAAGAUUUAAGGGCACAAAAUGUUGUUGAUGAGUUUUUCCAGCCUGUGAAGCCAACAUUGGGGCAGAUAGUGAGGCAAAAAUUGAGUGAAGGCCGAAAGGUCACAUGUCGUUUGCUCGGAGUUAUUCUUGAGGAAAGUAGUCCUGAGGAGCUUCAGAAACAAGCAACUGUAAGAUCCUCUGUGUUGGAAGUACUUUUGGAGAUCACCAAAUUUUGUGAUCUUUAUCUCAUGGAAAGAGUCCUUGAUGAUGAGAGUGAGAAAAAAAUUCUUCAGGCCUUGGAGUAUGCUGGAGUUUUUACUUCAGGUGGUCUCAUCAAGGAGAAGGUUCUUUUCUGUAGCACAGAGAAUGGGCGUUCCUCUUUUGUUCGGCAACUAGAACCAGACUGGCACAUUGACACAAACCCUGAAGUUGUCUCUCAGUUAGCGAGAUUCAUCAAGUACCAACUUCAUGUGACCCCCAUCAGACCUGAAAGGACGGCCUCUAAUGUGUUCAGUUCCCCAUCUUUGGAGCAGUUCUUCGGAAGCAUUUAGCAGUGACUCAUGAAAGUCGCGGACACGAUUGUAUAUUUAUGUCAUCCUAUUUAUUAUUCGGUCUGUCAAUCUUCCAGCUCAGUUCCUUGGGGGUCCUGAUAUUCACCAGCUGUCGCUGGUUUUCCAAUGAUAAUUGGGUCGAGGUCUUGGCUCACUAUUAAUCUUGGUCGACUUCGAUGGAUUGUGAGAUUUCACUGUUUGCAAUUCAUGUUACAUUAGUUUCAUAGACGAGUUUUUGAGCUUCUGUUGUACUACUAACCUUUGAAAAUAUCACCAUUUUGCGAGCUGUUGAGCAUGAUACCAUAAGCCUCUUUGGC